AAUGAAUAAAAACUAUCGAAGUGUCAGAAAUUUUGUUCAUAAAUUCGAACGCUCAGUAACAGGUUUUUCACGGAGGCUUUAAAAAAAUGAAAAUUGAGAGGCUCGUUUUCAAAACCGAGAAUGAAGCAGAGACCGUUAUGAGGGAGAAAAUUCUUACCGUUCCUAUUCAGCCGGGCAUAGCCACGGGAACACAAAUUACAUUCCCCGAAGAGGGCGAUCAGGGACCUAGCAAAAUACCCGCUGACAUUAUAUUCGUGACCGAAGAUCGACCUCACGAAACGUUCAAGAGGGAAUGUGCUAAUCUGUCUGUGACGGUGAGAAUUUUUUUGCGGGAGGCACUUAUCGGAACUGUCGUCCCUGUGAAAACAAUCGACGAAAGAAUUCUCCGGAUUCCCGUAACGAGCAUUGUGACGCCUGAAUAUGAGAAAAUAGUGCCAGGCGAAGGACUUCCGUUGCCACUAAAUCCUGAACAACGUGGAGAUCUCGUGAUAAGAUUCGACAUCGAAUUUCCGAUCUACAUGCCAAUGACGAGCAAGAGUUAUUUGAAAAAAGCUUUCAGAACGGCUAAGAUACAUGACGGAGACGAUUUUCUUAGAGGUGAACAAGCUCAGGGAAACAUCGACGACGAUAUACCGUUACGGAGAGACCGCCACGAAGAAUCGGGAGACCGAAAAUGACACAAUUCUCAUUAUUUUUAUUUCACGAUCGUACUUUUUGUUAAAUAAAUAUGAAUUAAUAAAUAUA